AUGACUACUUUUAAAGCAAUUAUGUGUACAGGCAAGCAGUUAUUAAUUACGAUAACGGCAGAACCUGCUUUGACCUUCUUGUACCUCGCAUAUGGAGAAAACAAGAUGGUGGCUUAUCGGUAUAUCGCAUGUAUCGAUUUCAAUGUCGCUUCUCUUAUAUCUAGGACUCUAGAGAUUGCGAAUUGGAGAUUGGAAUUUGACGAAUCAAAACAAAGCAGACCCAGAUUGCUUUCAUGGCUUGCACCUGAUCCAACAGGAUGUACGACACGAGCAUAUUGCAAAUAUUGCAAGUGUUCUUUACUUGCUCAUAAAAAGGAUUUACUUAAUCAUUGCAAAUCUUCAAAACACGAGCGACAUGUUAAACUCGACAAGGAAGCAAAAUUAGAUAAAUAUAUUAAUAUAACACCGCAUUUUACAGAUACGCAAAAAAGAGCAGAAUUAAAAUUAAGUAUUUUUAUUGCAGAACAUUCAUCAAUAAGUACAGUUAAUCAUUUAUGUGAAUUACUUCCGAAAAUAGAUUCAAACUCUACAAUAUUAUCUAACUUAAGAUUACAUAAAACUAAAUGUAGAAUGUUAUUAAAAAAAGUUAUUGCACCUUGUAUGUUUCUCGAGUUAGUAGAAGAUAUAGCUGAUUCCUUGUUUUCUAUUAUUGUGGACGAGAGCACAGAUCUUGCUUCUGAUAAAGUUAUGUGCAUAAUGAUAAAAUAUUACUCUGUGAAAAGAAAAGAAAUUAUUACCACAUUUUAUAGAUUAAUAUUAUUAGAGAGAUGUGAUGCAGAAAGUCUUUUUACUGUUGUAAAACAACAAUUAUUGAAUGAUAACCUUAAAUUAAAAAAUUUAAUUGGCAUUGGUGUUGAUGGUGCUAAUGUGAUGGUGGGACAACAUUCUUUUGCAACUCUUUGGAAAAAAGAAGUCCCAGAUAUUGUUGUAGUAAAAUGCGUAUGUUAUUCUCUCCAUUUAUGCGCAGAAAAAGCUUGCCAAGCACUUCUCAAACGUCUGGAAUUUUUUGUAAGAGAGGUUCACAAUUAUUUCUCACAUAGUCCAAAGCGUAUAAUAGAAUAUAGGAAUCUAUGCUUACAAUUAAAAGGCGAUGUACCAAACAAAGUAGCAAAAUUAUCAGGAACAUGA